AUGUUAGUCAUUCUUAUAACCUCUGCUAAUUGCAAUGAGCCGAAUCUGUAUGGUGAGAUCCAGUCCCCAAAUUACCCACAGGGUUAUCCAGAUGAUGUCCACCAGACAUGGAAUAUCAAAGUACCUGAAGGAUUUAAAAUUCGUAUUUACUUUACACAUGUGGAUAUUGAGAUAUCAGAGAACUGCGAGUAUGACUAUGUGAAGAUCAGUGCUGAGGAGCAGCAGCUGGAUCUCAUCUGCGGAAGGAUGCGGACAUCAUCUGGCGGUAAUUCAUUCAUCAGAGUGACCGAGUCCCCCUUCAACUUAAUGACAGUGACAUUCCAUUCUGACUUCUCCAACCAGGAACGUUUUACAGGAUUCAUGGCUUAUUAUAUUGCUGUUGAUAUAAAUGAAUGUGAAGAUUCCUACAAUGGAGAAGAAGCCUGUACUCAUUACUGCAACAAUUACAUCGGGGGCUUCGUCUGUACUUGUCGUCCUGGAUACUUUCUUCAGGAGGACCGCAGAACAUGUGGAGUGAACUGCAGUGUAGAUGUCUACACUGAGCUAGCAGGAGUGAUUACCAGUCCAGGGUACCCAGAGACAUAUCCAGAGAAUUCUAAAUGUGAGUACAAGGUCCAACUGGAAGAUGGAUAUCAAGUGGUUUUGUAUUUUGAAGACCUGUUUGAUGUUGAGAAAGGUGAAGAUGCAAAAUGCAGUCAGGAUGUACUUAAGAUUGAAGCUGGUAAAACUACAUUUGGACCAUACUGCGAAAAACCAGUAAGUCCCAUUGAAACGCGCAUUAACAGAAUUAAAAUAAAAUUUGACACAGAUGGAUCAGGAGAUAAUAAAGGCUGGAAGAUCAGGUAUAAGGCAUCAGGCAUGGCUGUUGGCUUAGAGGCAGUAGUAGCUGUUAAGCUAUUUCCUGUGGAGCAGGGUUUGAUUCCCUCAGCUUCCAUUGCCUAUCUGUUUGAUUCUGAUCAAAUCACUUACCCAGACUCUGCUCCUGGGCCGAGAUCUCCUUUAGAAAUCGACUAUCAAAAGUUAAUGACGAAAUUUUGGAAUGUACUUGGAAGGUACCCUGAGAAUCUCUUAAAUCGGGUCAGGGUUAAAGUGUUGAACAAACGUGAGCAAGCUGAUAAUAAUGAUCUGUUGUUUGCUGCAUCAUGCAUUGAACUGGCACAUCUUGAAAAGAAAGAACUCAUAUACUUGUCUGUUUCAGCUGUUGACUGUGGACCUCCUAAAGAGAUCGAAAAUGGGAAUUUAAUCUACUUGACUUUAUUUGACAUGGACACAUACGAAGCCAGAAUUCAUUACCUAUGUGAAGAGCUGUACUAUCAACUGCAGAAAAAAGGAAGUGGCAUUUAUCAGUGUGAUGCACAAGGGUCGUGGAGAAAUCCAGAUCUUGGGACUGCCGUUCCAACUUGCAUUCCAGUUUGUGGAAAUCUUACAAAUCCGCCACAGCCUAUCCAGAGAAUCAUUAAAGGAGAAUUUGCAGAAAAAGGAAACUUUCCAUGGCAGGUCUUCUUUGAAGAACCACGAGGCGGGGGAGCACUGAUUGGGGAACAGUGGGUCCUUACUGCAGCACAUAUAGCAGAACACAAUCAAUUUACAAUGUACAUUGGAACAACUAAUGUUGGAAGAGAAGCACUAAAAGCUGCCACAGAAAUUAAAUCUGAAAAGGUUUUUCUACAUCCAAACUAUACCAUGGUCCCAGAAGAAAAGCGGUACAACUAUGACAAUGACAUUGCUCUGAUUAAACUUAAGGAGAAAGUUAAAAUGGGGUACCAGAUCUCCCCUAUAUGUAUUCCUAAUGUGGGUGAGGAGUUUGAGUUGCAACAAGAAAAGAUGGGCUUCAUAUCAGGAUGGGGACGUAUUGCUGAAGAAGGACGUCUGAGCCAGCGAUUGAGAUAUGCGGAAAUUCCUGUAGAAGAUAUGAAAGCUUGUAAGCAUCAUAUAUUUCAGAAGAAUGAGCCAGAGGCAAAGAAAUAUGUCUUUACAGAUAAUAUGUUCUGUGCUGGUCUUAAAGGCAUGGAUAGUUGCCAUGGAGAUAGUGGGGGAGCUUAUGCAUUUAAAAGUGAUGACAACACUUACUUUGUUGGUGGGAUAGUGUCAUGGGGGGUUGGCUGUGGUAGUUAUGGCUUUUAUACUAAGACGAACAAUUAUAUUGAAUGGCUAGAGAAAGUAAUGAAAAAUGAGGAAGUGCUUCAUCCCUUUUAUAGGUUCAUUUCAGGUUAACUACCUUGCAGGAACACUAUUUAAAGUAUUGUGCUUACCCAUUCAGCACUUUCAUACAUACAGGCUCUGUGACCCUCAAUGACCCAUGACCCAGAUGGGAAUCAAAACCCUUUACCUUGUGCCUAUGAGGCAAACACAUUAUCACUAUGCUCAUCCCUUACUGUCUGCAUUAAGAUAGCUGUCAAGUCUGGGGACUUGUAGAGGACCCUCUCAAGUUUAAAGAACGGCCUACAUAAUGAGAUAAUAUCUGUCCAUUCUGCCUCCUCCACAUGUUAGCAAAGCCUGCUCACUGCUAAUAGCAAUAAAGUGAAUACCAAUCCAUACUUACUGUCAGUACAGGAAAUUACAGAGCCUGUGAUGGCAUCCACAUGAGCAGGAAGGCUUUACCUAACAGUAAUCUCGAUAACAUUACCAAACUUCCAACAGAUUUCAGAUGAGAAUCGUGCCCAUAGUAACAGCACUAGCCACCACAGAAAAACUCUCUCCCUACACAAUCACUCAUUCCCACAAGCGAUAAAUACAUGCAGAGCACUCUUUUUGUAUCCAUUUACUGACCACAUCAACUCAUAGAAAAGGCACCAUACUUAGCAUUAUCUGCAUUCAACACUAUAAAUCCAAACACGCCACUAAAGUCAAUGCAAGAGAUGUUUGCUAAACUCCCCUCCACCCCCCACCCUGAAAAUUGUCUGACCACCCCAUUUCUGAGACACAAACACUCCCUUGACCUUUAGAGCAAUGUCAAAAUUAGAGACCCUAUCUGUGAUGUCCUACUACUGCUUGCCUUGCCCCUCAACCUGUCAAAGAAAGUAAUGGCAAAAUGAAGAGCACCGUCCCUAGAUCGUUAACCUGACAGGGAAGAUAUUAAAAGUAUUGUGCUUACCAGUUCAGCUCUCUCAUCCAUACAGGCUCUGCAACCCUCCCCCAUGACCCCCAAACCAAGAUGGGAAUCAAACCCUUUACCUUGUGUGUAUGAGGCAAACACAUCAUCACUAUGCCAUCUGUAUACUGUCUCAGUUUUGUUUCAAGAGUAGUUGAACUCAACACUAGGGUUAACAUCGAUAUAUUUUUAGAAUGUCCUCCCCAACUGACAGGUACUACCAAGACUGCCACCUUUAUAGAUCCUGGGACUUUUUUUUUUGCUAAACAGGACAGACCACAGCCACAAAUGACUGGACAUCACUUCAGCAGUGUAAAAGCUUUAUUUUGCAAUACUUAAGCUUAGAUGCCAGAAGUAGUGUGGGCAUCCCUCAGAGCACAAGAGAAAACCAUAGCUGAACCUUGCUAUCCACUCCAUCUCUACCCUUCCCCAAUGCUGUUACCUCAGCAGUGUGUGCGUGAUGAGUAAUUGACUGGUACUCAUGUGUACGUUGCAGCCCGCGGACACACUCAUGCUCAUCUGGGAACCAGCACAGCUGCAAAUCAUCACCAUUGACUGAUCCACCUCUGCAAUGAUAGCUUAGGCCAAACCCACAAGAGUCCAACCAAAAACUCUAAGUAAAGCUGUAACGAGACGUGACCAUAAACAGUGAGCCAAAAUCUCCAACAUCAAGUAUACACCCAUAUAUUCCUCUUACAAACUCAGAAAACUGACAAAAUAACUGGUGAUGUAAAGACCACCACAUGCGAUCCAACAGGCAUGGCUAACAUGAAACAGACGUGACUCACAACAGUGAGACAAGCUCUACCUUAACCAUGCAUGGCACAAAGCGAUAACCAAUGCCAAGAAGAAAACUGUUCCUUGCAGCUAUUUCCACCUGGAACCAUGGCCCAGCACCUUCUAAUAGCACUGUUUCAGUGACAACAGCAGCAGACUGUGUGCAGGUGUAGCUACCAGCCCUCUCAAGCAGUUCAUUCAUAAACAAGUACUGGGCAAUCACCCCAUGUGGCUAAAGGAAGGCUUUGCUGUCCUGCUCCCCUUACUGCACUUUGUAAAGACUGGACACUAACAUCUGGACAAAGCCAUAAACAAAAGAACCAAAACCACUCAAUAGUUAAUGGAACAGCAGACUGUUCAUUAACGUGGAUCCUCCUAAGGUCAUAAAGUCUGAGACUCAAAUGUCUGUCACCACCUGAUGUCCCAGCCUCCAAAGAUUUGUCAAGGAUAAUCCAGUAAAGACAAGCACCACUUCAUGAAAAAUGGACCAACAGUAUGAGUCGAAAUCUGGACAGAUAUAUAUAGAUAUACACACAUAUAGAUAUAUAGA